AUGGACAAGGGCCGCUUCUCGGUGGAGUGGCUGGCACAGAGCAGCUGCGGCGGGGCCCGGACUGCUCACCGCCACCUCCGCGACGCCCAGGACAGUCGCCCAAGGGACCUCGGUGAGUGCCGGCCGCCCCGACGGGCGGGGACUGCCGGGGUAGGGGCCGCUGAGCCGCCGCGCGCGAGGCCGUCGGGGAAGCUCAGCUGCACGUGUGGCCGCUGCCUGCGUGCCCGCCCCCUGACGGGCGGCUCCCGCUUCCGCCCCGCAGCCCCCGGAGGUCCGGAGCGGAGCAGCCCCGAAGCGGAGGAGGGAGGAGGAGGAGGAGGCGGCGGCGGCGUUGCCGCGCCCGGGCGGCCCCGCACCAAGUUCUCGGCGGCGCAGCUGCAGGAGCUGGAGCGGAGUUUCCGCGAGCAGCGCUACAUCGGCGCCAGCGAGAAGCGGCGCCUGGCAGCCCUGCUCAACCUCUCCCAGAGUCAGAUAAAAACCUGGUUUCAGAAUCGCCGGAUGAAGUUUAAACGCGAGACGCAAGAUGCCAGGGUGGAAGCUCUGGUCUCUGGUUUGUUUCUGCCCUAUCGUUGUUAUCCAGAUAUCGUCACACCCAGCCCUUCUCACGGGAUGGACGCCAGCGUCUCUGCUACCCGUGGUGUCUCCCUUCACCCGGCGGUGCCGAGUCCUGCCUUGCUGGUACCCACGGUUCCGUCUCAGUCUGCUCAGCCAGUUCUGCCAAGUCCAGCCUUACUGUUGCCUCCCAGCCCAGGACUCUCUUAUUCUACCGCAAUGCCAGCAAUGACUUUAACCGACGACCAUAAAAGACUGAGGUUCCAGCCGUAUCUUCCUUCCUUUUAA